CACACGCUUUCUCUCUGCCAGUCUUGAAAGUUCCGUCGAAGUUCUUGUGCGCGCAUCCUCAUCCCAGCAGUGUGGCAUUUUCGCUGGUUCAGUGAAGAAAAAGAAUAUUUUUGUGUUCCUUCUAAACAGAGUUUAGCUAAAUAAAACUUCUAUUCAAAAAAUGGCCCCACCAGCGUACGCAGAUCUCGGCAAGCAGGCCCGCGAUGUCUUCAACAAGGGCUAUCACUUCGGUCUGUGGAAGCUGGAUGUGAAGACCAAGACCAACUCUGGCGUCGAGUUCAACACCAGCGGUUCGUCAAACCAGGACAAUGGAAAAGUAUUCGGCUCCCUGGAGACCAAGUACAAAGUCAAGGAAUAUGGUCUGAACUUCUCCGAGAAGUGGAACACUGACAACACUCUAACUUCGGAGGUUUCCGUCGAGAAUCAGCUCGUCAAGGGUUUGAAGUUGUCCUUCGACGGAUCGUUCGCUCCACAAACCGGAAGCAAGACCGGACGCUUUAAGACUGCCUACUCGCACGAUAAGGUCCGAGUCGAUGCCGACGUCAACGUCGAUCUCGCUGGACCACUGGUGAACGCAUCCGGUGUGUUCAACUACCAGGGAUGGCUGGCCGGUUACCAGGUUGCAUUUGACUCGCAGAAGUCCAAGGUCACCGCCAACAACUUCGCCCUCGGCUACUCGACCGGUGACUUUGUUCUGCAUACUAACGUCAACGAUGGCCGCGAAUUCGGUGGUCUGAUCUAUCAGCGAUGCAACGACCGUCUGGAAACUGCCGUCCAGCUGUCGUGGGCCUCCGGUUCCAAUGCCACCAAGUUCGGACUCGGUGCCAAGUACGAUCUGGACAAGGAUGCCAGCGUCCGCGCCAAGGUCAACAACCAGAGCCAAAUCGGUCUGGGCUACCAGCAGAAGCUGCGCGACGGUGUCACCCUGACCCUGUCUACGAUGAUCGAUGGCAAGAGCUUCAACACUGGCGGACACAAGAUCGGUGUUGCACUGGAACUCGAAGCCUAAAUGAGUCAAAAUCGUGUUCGUGUUUUAACAAACAGAUACAAAUCUAAUAACUAUAAAAAAUAAAAAAAAAGUGUAAAACCACAUAGUAAAAAAACAUUCGCAUCAUGAUGAAAGACAGCAUGUCUCUAUAGAAGCGCACUUCCCACACUGGUUAUGGGAUGAAUUUUGCGAAUAUUAUGCACUGCCGGUCAGGGAUAGGCAGUCCCGCAUAGAGACUAGAGAAAGCGAUACAGACAAAUUAAAUAAAGAUACAAAAUCAGUGCAGUCAUACAA